GAAAGAGAAGCCUGGGUCCCCAAGGGGGGGGGCGGGGGAGCGGGAUCCUAGAUACCAGAGUCCGUGAGGAAGUGGGAUUAGCUAAGGGAUCUUCUGGGUCCUCGGAAUGGCAGCCCAGGGUCCCUGAGAAGAUGGGCUUCGGGAUCCUCAAAGGGGCUGGAUGAGGAAAUGUCUGAUUGUCUGAAGACUGAGGAGAGAUCCUGGGUCACUGAAGGGGUGACGCUUAGAGGAGGGAUCCCUGAGUCUCUCCGGGGUCAUUCCGGAAUCCCCCUUCCAGGCCAAGUGAGAGCAGCCUCGGACCCUGCGCCUUUAAGACAGAAGGGGGGGGGGAGCGCACGACGGCCCGCUGACAUCACGCUGGGGCGGGAGGGGGGUGGGGGGCUCGCUCAGGCUCUGUGAAGGCUGCAGGACCCGGCCCGGCCUCAGCUCCGUCCACCCAGCGCCCCCCGACCCGGCCCCUGCAGGCCCGGCCUGCCGUCCAUUCUGCCUGCAUCUUCGGUGCUCUGUCCUGUGUCACUUCGUCUUUCUGACUCUGCAUCUCUGUCCCUGUCUCUCUGCCUUGUGAGUGUCUCUGUCUCUGCAUCUCCAUCUCCUCUCGUCUCUCGGUUCCUCGGACUCUGAACCCGCGCCCCUCUCUCUCCGCCUGGCUUUGGUCUCUCUGUCCCCCACUGUUUCUCGCUGGCUCCCUGCUCUUGCCUUCUGUUGGUCCAGUUGCAGAUCUCAUCGUCGUCCUCCAUAGCUUAGGGUCUCUGCUCCACUUUGGAUCUCGGUGUCUCUCUCCCCGUCCUUCCUCCCGGCUCCCUGGCUAGGUCUCUUUGUCCCUGUUCCUGUCUGUCUCUGUGUCAGUGUCUCAGUCUCUCUCCAUCCCCAUCCUCUGCGUCCUCCCUGCUUCCCUCCCCUCCUCCUCGGCAACCAAUGAGAGGCCUGGGCUCCCCGCUCCCGUCUCUGUCCGCUGAGGAGUGAGUGAGUGAGGGAGGGAGGGAGGGAGGGAGGGACGGAGGAGGCUGGGCCGGGGGCCCGAGAGCGAGCCGGAGCGGAGCCGGAGCGGAGGCCAAGGAGGAAGAAGAAGCCCAGGGGGGCGGGGGCCGGGACGCCGGGGGCCGGGAACGGCGGGGCCGGUCCGGGGAGGCCGCGGGGCCGGACAUGCGGCUGCGGAGCCCGGAGCCCCGAGCGUCCGCCCAGCGUUGAGCGAGGUGAGACCGGUCAGGCCAGGGGUCCCUAGCGGGUCUGGGAGACUGGGAUGUUCGUGUCUCCGAGGGAAGUCCAGCUGACUGAUGGAUGGAGAGGGGACGCCUGGGUCCCAGGUGGGAAGCAGGAUGGGGGAACGCCUGGAGCCCUGGGAGGUGGCGCGGAGGACCAGGCGGAGGGGGGCAGAGCUCUGGAGUCCUGAGCGUUUGGAUUGGUGGAGGGGGUGGUGGUGGGAAGGGGAAUGGCUAGCGGGCUGUGGAGGGGCAGAUACGGACCCCUGGGUCCGGGCUUCAGGAGACAAGUGGAAAUCCCGAGUGCCCGGCAGGAAGGCUCUAGUGGAGGGACAGCUAGCUAGCUAGGUCCACUAGUCAGGAGACCUGGCAUGAGUAAGGGGUUGGGGAUCCCGCAGGGGAUGGGGAGCUGAGCAGGGGAGCCCGAGACCAGGAGGCACGAGGUGGGCCAGGAUCCUGAGGGCCCCAAGGAGGAAGCUCGGAGUGGGGGUGGGGGCCAGGGGCAGAUACCUGGAUCCCCUUAACAGGGGAUCAGGACGGGGAAAGGUCCGGGAGCAGGGAUGCCUGCGUCCCAGAGGGAGAAGGGACGUCUGGGUCCGAGUGUGGGAGACAGACGGCGAUCUCGAAUUCCCGGGAGAGGAGGCUCGCAGCUCAUUCCAGGGGCACUAGGAUGCGGUCGGGGCUGGGGUCGGGUGGCUGCUGCCAAGCAGGGCGGGGAGGGCCUCCUGAGUCCGGGAGAGAGCGGGGGGCCAGGCUGCCCGGCCGGGCUGGCUCUCCCUCCAUUCCCGCGUCCCCGCGCUCCCGCCUCUCCGUCCGCCCGGCCGCCUGUCUCUCCGCAGGCCCCGCGAGCCUCCCGCCCGCGGCCGCCGCCGCCGCCAUGAGUUCGUGCAGCAGCCGCGCGCUGACCUUGCUGAGCAGCGUGUUCGGCGCCUGCGGCCUCCUCCUGGUUGGCAUCGCGGUCAGCACCGACUAUUGGCUCUACAUGGAGGAAGGCACGGUGCUGCCCCAGAACCAGAGCACCGAGGUCAAGAUGGCGCUGCACGCCGGCCUUUGGAGGGUCUGCUUCUUCGCAGGCCGGGAGAAGGGUCGCUGUGUGGCCUCGGAAUAUUUCCUUGAGCCCGAGAUUAACUUGGUGACGGAGAACACGGAAAACAUCCUGAAGACUGUCCGCACAGCCACCCCUUUCCCCAUGGUGAGCCUCUUCCUUGUCUUCACCGCCUUCGUCAUCAGCAACAUUGGCCACAUCCGCCCGCAGAGGACCAUCCUCGCUUUCGUUUCUGGCAUCUUCUUCAUUCUGUCAGGCCUCUCCCUCGUUGUGGGCCUCGUCCUCUAUAUCUCCAGCAUCAACGAUGAGGUGAUGAAUCGACCUAGCGGCUCUGAGCAGUACUUUCAUUAUCGAUAUGGCUGGUCCUUCGCCUUUGCCGCUUCCUCCUUCCUGCUGAAAGAGGGGGCUGGCGUGAUGUCCGUGUACCUGUUCACCAAACGCUAUGCGGAGGAAGAGAUGUACAGGCCCCACCCGGCCUUCUACCGGCCCAGGCUCAGCGACUGCUCCGACUAUUCGGGUCAGUUCCUCCAGCCAGAGGCCUGGCGCCGAGGCCGAAGCCCCUCGGACAUCUCCAGCGAUGUCUCCAUCCAGAUGACACAGAACUACCCUCCUGCCAUCAAGUACCCGGACCACAUGCACAUCUCCACCUCGCCCUGCUGAGGGGCUGCGCCCAGCGCCCACUCCUCAGAUCCCCCCUCCCCUCCCAUCCCCUCUCCUCCACUUUCCUGAGGCUCCUCCCGUUAUCGCCCCCCCCUUUCCUUCAGUCUCUCUGCUUCCCAGUUGUCCCACUUCUCAGGCACCUUCCCUUCAUCCUGUGGUCCUUUCUCCUUCUCAAGGCUCCCUCCUUUGCUCCUGUGGCUCCUCCUCAUUCCUCUGGGUAUAUUCCAGGCAGGGACUCCUCAUAGAAGAAGACUGCAGGCCAUCUUCGAGCCUACCGGUCCUUCCCCUCCAUAUACUGCCCCUCACUUGUCCCAGGGUCCCCCCAGCUCCUGGCACCUCUCGCCUGUGUCCCCUUCCGUCCUGUCUCUCGUGCGUACCCACAGUCAGGAGCUGGGGGUCCAGGGACUAACCUUGACCCUGGCCUUCUCAUUCCUCGUGCCCGUCCCCCUGGCUCCCCUCCUCUGCCUCCUCCUAUCUCUAGGUUUCUCCCCCAUGUUUUAUUUUUCCCAGCGUCUGUCUUUCCCUUCUUCUGUUUCUCAGACUCUUUUGUCUGUCUGUCUCUUUUUCUCCUGCAUCUUUCUUUUCCACACCAGAGGCCCCCCGGGGAUGGGGAGAGAAGGAGGCUGACAGGUCGACCCUGAUGCCUGGGUCCCCACCCUCCUGAUCCCCCCCAAGGCAGGGGCAGUAGCGGGGCCGAAUGGCCCCCCAAACCUCCGAGUCUUCCACCUCUGCCUCCUCUGCAUCUCCAUCCCUGUCCCCUGCAAGCCCCCGGACUCCAGCCCCCUUCAAGGGCCUGCUAUCUGGGGGACAGCUUGGGGGGGGGCCCAGAGGAGGCAAAAUAAUGUACAAUGAACCAGAUGGCCCCGUGGGCGGGGCCAGGGCUUUUAGUCUGCAUCUUGGGGGGGGGGGAAGCAGGGGCCGGGUAUCAGUUAACCCGUCAUCAUGCAGCCGGUUUUUAAUGAGGCUUGGGGGGAGGGGGCCAGGGGCCAGGGUGGGAGGGUGGCUGUGUUACGUAUGUAUCAUAUGUAAAUACCAACAGAAACUUCAAUAAACUCUAUUUCAAACA